GAAAAUCCCCCAAACGCAGACCGUGGCUCUCGUCCACGAACUGGGCGGCAAGGUCGAGUUUCGCGAGGGCUACCCCGUCCCGAUCCCGGGGCAGAAUGAGGUCUUAGCGAAGGUGCUCUACACGGGGGUUUGUCAGAGCGGUUAGUAUAGUACAACCCUCCCUCUCUGUCUGUCUCUUUGUCUGUCUCUCUGUCUGUCUCUCUGUCUGUCCGUCUGGUACAGUGAAAGUGAAAGUGAGCGUGUCUGGGUCGGUCAAUGCAAGUAAAUAAUCUCAGCUCCACUCACCUAACGGUCCGGUCAGAUCUGCACACGAAAAACGGCACUGCGGCAGGAGCGGACGGAAACCCCGUCACGAAGAUCAAGCUGCCGCAUGUGGGUGGGCAUGAAGGCGUGGGGCGGAUCGUGGCGCUGGGUCCUGGUUGUGGCUCGGAUUUGGAGAUCGGGGGACUCGUGGGGAUUCGGUUUGCGAGUCGCAUCUGCAGGAGGUGCGAGUCCUGUUUGGCGGGCCAGGAACAGUACUGCGUCAAGAGUACCAAUCAUCUCCACCAUGAGGAUGGGAGUUUCCAGGAGUAUAUUGCGCUCGAUGCGGACUAUUUGACUAUUCUGCCGGAGGAUGUUGAUCCGAAGAUCAUCGGGCCGGUGUUGUGUGCGGGUGUGACUGCUUAUAAGGCUGUUCUCAACACGAAUAUCCGGGCGGGCAAUUGGCUCGUCGUUGUGGGAGCCGGCGGUGGUUUGGGUCACUUGGCGGUCCAAUACGCCAAAGCACAAGGAGCCCUGGUCAUCGGCGUCGACGCGGGCGACAAGCGGGAUUUCGUCCUCGGUCUCGGAGCCACGGAAUUCAUCGACUUCACGACGACAGACCCCGUCAAAACGGUGCACGAGAUCACCGGCCUCGGCGCACAGGCUGUCGUGGUGACGGCUGGAAGUGCCCGCGCGUUCGCCCACGCCUGUGAUAUGCUGCGGGUCGGCGGCAGCCUGAGCUGUGUCGGCAUCCCGCCCGGACGGCCGGUGCUGGAAACGCCCAUCUGCACGAUUGUGAUCAAGGGGUUGAGAGUGACGGGGAGCCUGAUCGGGUCGCUGAAAGAGUGCAUGGAGGCGGUGGAUCUGGUGCGACGCGGGGUGGUCAAGCCGGAGAUCAAGGUCCGGGGUUUCAGGGAGUUGCCUCAGGUGUAUGAGGAGAUGGAGAAGGGUGAUAUUGCGGGACGGGUCGUGCUUCAGGUUGCAAAGUGACUGUCAUGCAGAUAUAUAUAUAUAGUGUGUCGAUCUCAAUGAACGU